AUGGACCUCACACAAGAGCACCUCAAUUUUAAAAUCAAAGUUUCCUAUAAAGCUUGGGGGUCAAACACAUCAUGGGAAUGGCUUGAAACCAUUUCACCCUGUGUAGUUGCACUUGGUGAUCUUCAGAAGAUGCUGAACAACACACUGGGAGAUGACCAGGGCUGUAACGGAUAUUGGGAUUCUAUCCUUCUUCUAUAUGGUUUACUUUCCAUUAUUCAGCAGUCACAUGACUCCUUUCCAUACUUUGUCAGUAGUAGUCAUGUGACAAGACAUCUUCUUCUAUCUUUCAAACCACCACUGCGUAUACUCUGCAUCAGGAAUAGUGUUGUACUGCAUUCCCCCUUGAAGUAUUGUAAGUGA